GGCUCCAGAUGAAGAAACUGUGGUUUGGAGGCAAUUUCUAGUAGACAGACUAUAUUAAAUGGUACUCAAAAGUGCCAGAGUCCAUAUUAAAGCACUAACCAGAUCAUUUCAAGCAUUAAAUGGCUUAAUAUCAUAAAAAAGAUUUUCUUUGGUGAAUGACAAGGGAACAGCUCAGUCACAAAGCCGAGAAUUAAGGGUUUGUUAUUAUAGCAAGAAAACGCAGCUCGGCAAUGUACAGGAUCACUGAGAAAAAAGCUGUCUGUUUGCUACUACUUACUUUGAUAUAUUUUGAAACUGGAUAUGGACUUCAUUUAAAGUGGAUGACAGACACAAGCAAAGCAGAUGUCCAGAAUUUACCGGAAGCAUCACAUAGAAGGCAGAAGCGUGAAUGGUUUGUUCCUCCUAUAGAGGUCCGUGAAAAUGAGGACUAUAGUGCAAAAAACACCAUUGCUGAAAUUCAUUCAGACUUCAAAGACAAGAAGAUAGCUGUGCUAUACAAGAUAUCUGGACCAGGAGCCAAUGAGGAUCCAAAAGGAUACUUUGAAAUGGAUUCUGAGACUGGACAGCUAAAGAUUUGUAAAAUAGUGGACAGAGAGCAGUAUCCAGUAUUUCCUUUGCAAGCGUAUGCAAAAGAUUAUCGUGGUGAGGAUCUGGAACGCAUUCUUAAUCUUACAAUCAAAAUUAUUGAUGUCAAUGACAAUGCACCAGUAUUUGCAAAGAGAAUUUUUAAUGCUGAAGUGGAAGAAUUAAGCAGCAUACUUACAUUAAUAACAACACUGCAUGCGACAGAUGCUGAUGAACCAAACACCCUCAACACAAAGCUUUCAUAUUUUGUCAGACAUGAAACGAAAAUGUUCAGAGUAGAUGAAGCAAGUGGAAAGAUUUUUCCAGGAAAUCCGUAUCUUGACCGCGAGAAACAAGCAAUGUACAACUUGACUGUGGAAGUAAGAGACCUGGCUGGUGAUAGAUUUGGAAAUUGGGAUAAAGCACAACUAAUAAUACGUGUAUUGGAUGCUAAUGAUAACAUUCCAUUCUUAGACAAGGAAAACUAUGAAGCAAGCGUAGAAGAAAAUAAGGCAAAUGUCGAAGUAUUAAGAAUAAAAGCACAUGACAAUGAUGAAGAAUUUACAGACAACUGGCUAGUAAAUUACACAAUCAUCUCUGGCAAUGAAAACGGGUACUUCACAAUUAAAACAGAUCCUAUCACCAAUGAAGGAAUCGUGAUCCUUAAUCGGGAAGUAGAUUAUGAAGAGCUUCAGAAUUUCUUACUGGGCAUUGUUAUUUCAAAUAAAGCACCCUACCACCCUUCACUUGGCAAAGUUGGUGUCCAAAAGCCAGUCCCACUAAAUGUAAAGAUAAUAAAUGUACCCGAGGGUCCUAUUUUCCGGCCAAAAUGGAAGGUCAUUCAAGUUAAUGAAGAUAAGAAGACCACUACUAUCAAUACAGUAGUUGGAACAUAUCAAGCUGUUGAUGAAGAUAGUGGGUUGCCUGUAAAAAAUGUCACAUAUGCAAAGCUGUAUGACCCAGACAACUGGAUAGACAUAGACCCUAGUACUGCUGCUAUUAAACUUCGGAAAUAUCCAGAUCGGGAGUCACCAUACGUAGUCAAUGGAACAUAUAAUACCACAAUAGUGGCUAUAAGCACAGAUAUACCUCCCAAAACAGCAACUGGUACCAUUAGUUUACAAGUAGUGGAUGCCAAUGAUAACUGCCCACAAAUAGAUCAAACGUCAUUGAAUAUCUGUGAAGAUGCACAAAGCAUUAACAUAACAGCAACAGAUCUUGAUGGUGAUCCAUAUGCUGGUCCUUUCAGCUUUAAGAUCAUCGAUGAACCAGAAGGUACAGUGCAAAUGUGGAGCGUUGGAGAAACGUAUGGAACAAGCAUGCAGCUGGUGCACAGUCAACAUCUGUGGGAUAAGAUAAAUUACAAAGUUCAGAUUCAAGUGCGAGAUCGACAAGGCCGGAUGUGCACUGAGAAACAAAUAGUGACAUUGCAAACGUGCAAAUGCAUUGAUGGAAUUCACUGUACUGACUAUAGAAAGACAAGUAGUAUAGCAUUUGGAGGUGCUGCUAUUGGUCUGAUGAUUCUAGGAUUUUUGUUGCUUCUUCUUGUGCCACUAUUGCUUUUGCUCUGCAAAUCUGCAAGUGCUGCAGCUGGUCAAAAAUUCGCUCUAAUUCCUGAUGUACCAAAAGAAUCACUUCUGCCGUGGAACAAGGAAGGAGCUGUGCCUCAAGACAUGGAACAACUAAGUUUUUCCACAAGUAAAUUUUCUGACAAAUCUCUGCAAGAAACAAGGGUGGAUUCAGAUGUACAUAGGACUAUAUCAAAGAUGGAGUCAGGUGCAUAUGUGACCAACUUUGCUGCAAAAUCAUAUGCAGGAGGAAGACCUCAAGUCAAAGAUGAUUUUUUUUUUACUAAUGGGUUUAAUGCAAGACAAGGAACACGACUAACUGAAGGUUCUAUAUCAAAAGGCUAUGCAGAAAGAUCAGUAGCUAGAGGAACUCUGAAUGAAUCCUUCUUGUUAAAACAUUUCACUGAGAAAGCAUGCUUAUUUGUUGAGGAGGAUUUAAGGAAACCAGCAGAUAACUACACGACUGUUUACUGCACAGAAGAAACACAUUCACCAUCUGGUUCAGUUGGCUGCUGCAGCUUCAUUGAAAGUAACUUUGAAGAUGGCCUAUUAGAUGAUCUAGGACCAAAGUUCAAGACUCUGGCAGAAGUUUGUACAGGCAAAGAAAUCAGCACAGAUGUAAUAAUUAAUCAGACUGGAUUGCAUCAACAGCACUCCAAUACCAGCUACCAAAACCUACUGCCUUCCAGUCUGUCUACUAGCAAUGGAAUUGGUUAUUAUGGAUCCAGCUUAAAUAAGUCGCCUCUAUCCAUUCAUCCAGUUUUAAGUCAGUCCAAGCCCACUAUGCAGACCUCCAGAAAAUCUAUAGCCCAGAUGGUCAGCAAUUCUCAGUCAGCUGAAUCGAGCAGCAAAAUUGCCAUCCAAAAUUUAAUGUUACCCAGCCAUAUCAUGCAAGUCAGUCAGCUCACACCAGAAUCAGUAUUUUGGCAAAAUGUUGUGGACCUGGAUGGUUUUCAUGGAUCAGGUUCCAAUCUUCGGGUAAUUGGAACAAUACCUGAGGCUGCAGUACAGCAGCAUGUUUUAGUUGAGCAUUCCUUAGCUCCUGGCACUACUAUUUGACCUAUUGGAGUUGUCGCUGAACCUGUUGUGCUCGCUGAAACAAAACACUAAUUUGGACUAACUGCACACAUUAUUUUAUAGCCCUAGGAGGAAUACAUAAUGCUGUCCUUAAGGAUGAAAAUGUGGUUUCUGCUCCUAAUUCAUACCAAUACCUAAUAGAAUACAAAUCCUCAAAUUCUCCAACAAGUUUUGAUAAAAGACACUACAAGUCUCCAAAUACUAGUAUAAAAUCUUCAGUAAGAGUAAACA